AUUUAACAUUCUACCCUGGACAGCGGCAGGUUGUUGCGCAAGCGCAGCCCAUUCAGUCUGCAUGAAUACGGAGCGAGGAGAGGACAGGAGUACUGGGAGUACUGGGAUUGGGAGGACACAGUGGACUGGACGGACCGGACCGGACCCGGGCAGGCGGACAUGGAUGGACAGAACGGCAGCAGCAGCAUCUGCUCCCGGCCGCACGGAAUCGUGACGGACAGCAAGAAGAAGGAGAAGAAGAAGAAAAUCCCCGACAGAGUGACUCUGAAGAAGGAGAUCGGGCUGCUGAGCGCCUGCACCAUCAUCAUAGGAAACAUCAUCGGCUCUGGGAUCUUCAUUUCUCCGAAAGGGGUCUUGGAGCAUUCGGGCUCAGUGGGUCUGGCGUUGGUGGUUUGGGUGUUGGGAGGCUGCAUCGCUGCCUUGGGCUCCCUCUGCUAUGCUGAGCUGGGUGUCACUAUCCCCAAAUCUGGAGGAGACUACUCCUAUGUCACAGAGAUAUUUGGUGGUCUGAUGGGGUUUCUCCUUUUAUGGAGUGCCGUCCUCAUCAUGUACCCGACCACGCUGGCUGUCAUCGCCCUCACCUUCUCCAGCUAUGUCCUGCAGCCCGUCUUCCCAAACUGUGUUCCUCCGUACAUGGCCACACGGAUGCUGUCCGCCACCUGUCUCUUGCUGCUGACCUGGGUGAACUGCUCCAGCGUUCGUAUGGCCACCAGGAUCCAGGACGCCUUCACAGUGGGGAAGCUGAUGGCUCUGGGCCUCAUCAUUGUGGUCGGCCUGGUCCAGAUCUGCAAUGGGAACUACGAGGCGCUGACUCCUCAGGUGGCCUUCUCCAUGGAGAGGACACCAACGGUGGGUCAGAUCGCGCUGGCCUUCCUGCAGGCCUCCUUCGCCUUCAGCGGCUGGAACUUCCUCAACUAUGUCACGGAGGAAGUGGUUGAACCCAGACGGAAUCUACCUCGUGCCAUCUACAUCUCCAUACCAUUGGUGACCUUUGUGUACACGCUCACCAACAUCGCCUACUUUUCCUCCAUGUCGCCUGAGGAGCUGCUGUCAUCCAAUGCCGUGGCUGUAACAUUUGGAGAGAAGUUGUUGGGAAUGUUCUCCGUCAUCAUGCCGAUCUCCGUGGCUCUGUCCACCUUCGGAGGAAUCAAUGGCUACCUGUUCACGUCCUCUAGGUUGUGUUUCUCUGGAGCCAGAGAAGGUCAUCUGCCCAGCCUGCUGGCCAUGAUCCAUUAUAAGAACUGCACACCCAUCCCUGCCCUGCUGGUCUGCUGCGCUGCCACCAUUGUUAUCCUCUGCAUCGGAGAGACACACAACCUGAUCAACUACGUCUCCUUCAUCAACUAUCUCUCAUACGGCGUCACCAUUGCAGGCCUGCUGUACUACCGCUGGAAGAAACCCAACCUGUACCGACCCAUCAAGGUGAACCUGUUGGUUCCUGUGUGCUACCUGAUGUUCUGGGCGCUGCUGCUGGGUUUCAGUCUUUACUCAGAGCCGGUGGUUUGUGGCGUCGGUUUAGUCAUCAUGCUCACCGGCGUACCCGUCUACUUCCUGGGCGUCCAUUGGAAAGAAAAACCAAAGUGCAUCUACAACUUCAUCGAGAGGGCGACCUACGUGGGCCAGAGGUUGUGUUUCGUGGUCUUUCCUCAGAUCGAUCCCAUCGAGAUCGAACAUCCUUCAGAAUGGACUGACCGCACAUCAGGCAGGAGCAGUUUUUCUGCCAAUUCUUAAAAACAUUUUUUUCUGAAUAUAUGAAGAUCUUUUGUUUUUGCCUCUUCGUUUUUAUUCUGUUCACUGUGUAAGUCCGGACACUCCUUGCUGGUUUGGCAGCUUCCUGUCUGACCUUUGACCCUCUGAGACUCGAGUGGAAACGCCUGUUCUUCUGCGUGGGCUGCUUGCACUUUUUAUUUUCUUCUAUUUUCUACUAAGUCAUCAAGUUACAACAACCUAAUGCCAAUGGUUUCACGAUGUUGAAAAUGACAUUUAUUCCCAUUUUUGGACCCAUUUGUUCCCUUUUUUCUGUAACAUGACAGAACUCUGAUUGACUGGCAGCUCUUUCUCUUGAAUGUUGCUGCUGUUUUAUCGUGCCUUAAGGCCUUUUCACACCAAGUCACAAACAAUCUAUAGAAAGUAUUCUGGAAACAGUAAGAGUGAAACCUCAAAUAACAACUCCACAGCCUUCAUGUAUUUUUUAUUCUUCUAUCCUUCUGCAAGACUGCUUCUAGUGUCACAUUUCUCUGCUAAUAUACUGAUUUCUGAGGUUUUACGCCAGUCUUGCCUUCUUUUCUGCUGGAAAAAGGGGUUAAGACAGCAUUUUUAGACACGUAUAUCAGUAGAAGUCAGCAAUGCACACGAUAAUACCAUCAUUUUAGAGAGCCCAAUUAAAAAAACAGAACUUCCAUAAUAGAAGUAAGAAAGGUAACUUCUUUUAAAAUCACAUUGGUGGAAAUGGCUUAUAAAAAGCAUGUAGAGUUGUUCAGUCUAUCUAGAUAAGGGCGGUACAUUUGGUAACACUUUACAAUAACCCUCAUUUAUAAAUGGUAAACAGAUAGUUUAUUAAUGUUUAAUCAUCAUUUAUAAACUGUAUAUAGGCCUUUUAGAAUGGUAAAUACAUAAUUUAUUAAUGUUUAACUAACUAAAUAAUUUAUAAAUGACAAAUAGAUGGUAUAUUAAUGUAAGUUUAUAGUUACUUUACCAUUAAAAAUUAUAAUUAAUAGUUUAUUAAUAGUUUUAGUUGCACUCAUUUUAACAUUUUCAACAGCAUAUUAAGUAUGUUAAUGAUUUUUAAAUGAUUCAUAUACCUUUGAGAAAUUGGUUGAAAACAUUUAAAGAUGAAAUAUGUAUAGCACUUUGUAAAUGGUUAUUAAUUGUUUAUAAACCAUCUAUAAACAUCACUUAGUUGGU